UUAUUAUUAAUUACCUGUCCUUAGGUUCCAGGGCAGGUUACUACCAUAUAAACUGGGUAGGCAAGCCCUAAGCUGGCUUAUAUCGCAUAACUAUACCUUCUGUAUCCAUCAAGUACAUCCAUGUUUGCAUUUAUGUCAUGCCAUUUUAUUGUACUUCAUUUUCUUGAGCAGAAUAGGAAAGGGUUGGAGUCCUUCAAAUGAGGUUUGUAUGUGGUGUUCCCCACUAAUACUUUUGAUGUUCAACUUGUUGGCUUCUGUUUGACUGAUGGGCUUAUCUUGGCUCUUAGGAGAGAGCCUUGCCGGCAGAAUCCAAAAGCCCUUCCAGGACAUUCUGGGUUGUUCUUUCUGUCAUUUUAAUCUGUGGAAGUAUCUGCAUUGCUGUGGCAGCAACUCUCAGCUUCGCAAAAACAUCUCCCAAGCCUCUUUUGCAGGUUGUCCGGUUAAACUUCCAGAACCGACCAGGGUCCCGGAUGAACCAGUCGGCUUUCAUGAACAAGUCCAAGAACACAGUUACUUAUUGCAUAACUUCCCCAAGUAACCAAACAACGUCAGUCUUGUUUGACAACAAGAAUGGCUACGUCUGCUACAAGCCCUCAGAGCAGAACAAUUGCUACCUGAGGAUGAUGGAUGACCGAGACCGAGACACUGUCCAGAUGUCCUUCAACCUGUCAGAACACAGGGUGGAUCAGCUGCCGCUUCCCAACGACAGGACCCAGUACUACCGUGAGUUCCUGGGGAUCGUGCCAGGGAGGCAGGUGCGACCAGAAGAGGCAGGGGAGGCUGUCAGGUCCCUGUGUGGGCAGGCGCCCAUCUACUGGGUCAAGAAGAAAGACGGUCCUCCAAAGCAGCGGCUCAUCUACCUGUGCAUUGACAUCUGCUUUCCGAACAACAUCUGUGUCUCCAUCUGCUUCUACUACCUUCCCGAAUGAAUGACCUGGACCACCCUCUGCACCUCUGCUCUUCUCUACGUGAACACAAAGGCGAGGCUACGCUGUCUGCCAAGCCCACGUUGCAAUUCAGGGCUCUGGAUUGGGCAAGAAGGGCUACAGGAACCUUCCCCAACCUGGUGCUCUUUGGGUGCUUUGGACUACAAUUCCCUAUCAGCACAGUUGUGCUUCCUGGGUCUGAUGGGCUUGUAGUCCAACAGCAUCUGAAGGGCACCAGGUUGAGGAAGCUUGAACUACAGUGGCACACAGUCAAGAUGGCAGUAUAUACAUAUAUGUGUGUGUAUAUACUGUAUGUAUAUGUACACUCCUGCUUUAUUUACAAAGAGUGUUGCCCUUUCAGCUAUAAGCCUGUAAAUAAUUUUCUGUGGGGAGAA